AUGAAAUCAUCAAACCUAAUAUGUGCUUACCGCAAAGAACUGGCUGAUGUGAAACAACAGCUUGUGGAAACGGAACAGCUACUGCAAGAUGUGUUAAAGAGACAGAGUGCUUUAGUACAGAAAAAGGAGGAGUUGGAGACAAUUCUGAGAGAGAGUAGUUCAAAACCAAAGAAAGAUGGCAAAGACUGGAGUUUAACAGAUUUUAAAUGGAGUUUGAAAUUAAAAGAAAAAAUGAAAUCUGUUUUCCAUAUCGACAAGCUUCGACCUUUGCAGAUGGAAACGAUGAAUGUCACUAUGGUUGGAGAGGACUGUUUGCUUAUUAUGCCAACAGGUGGCGGGAAGAGUCUCUGCUUUCAACUUCCUGCUCUCAUUAGUAAUGGUAUCACAUUAGUCGUUUCUCCACUGAUAUCUCUCAUAGAGGACCAACUGGUUGCUCUAGAGAACCUUAAUAUCGAGGCAAACACAUUAAAUUCUUCGACAGAGAGAACAGAAGCAACAAGAAUCAUGAACGCCAUGUUGGAUAAAGACAACCCUUUAAAAAUAUUAUAUGUGACUCCAGAAAAACUGGCCAAGAGCAAACGGUUUAUGGCAAAGCUUGAAAAAAUGUACCAGAUGGGAAGAUUUUCUAGAUUGGUUAUUGAUGAGGUUCAUUGCUGUUCUCAAUGGGGUCAUGAUUUUCGUCCAGACUACAAAUUUCUUGGAAUAAUGAAACGACAGUUUCCCGAAGUACCAAUUCUAGGUUUGACUGCGACAGCCACCGUCAAAGUGUUGAAUGAUGUCAAAAAAAUACUAUGCUUAAAUGAUUGUAUUUUAUUCCGUGCUUCUUUCAACAGACCAAACCUUUUCUAUGAGAUCCGCUCAAAAUCCAGCAAUGCUAAGGAAGUACUUAAAGAAAUCAGUGAGGAUAUCCUCAAGAAAUUUCGGGGUCUAUCUGGUAUUGUGUAUUGUUUCUCUCGGAAAGAGAGUGAAGAUGUCACUGUAGGUCUACGAGAGCUUGGUGUCCGAGUAGGCUGUUACCAUAGCGAUCUAACUUCGAGCCAUCGCAGGAAAAUUCACAAAGCAUGGCUUGCUAACAACAUACAGGUCAUUGUAGCUACUGUGGCAUUUGGAAUGGGUAUUGAUAAGCCAGAUGUUCGCUUCGUUAUUCACCAUUCUCUCAGUAAAUCUAUGGAAAACUUGUAUCAAGAAUCCGGUCGCGCUGGUCGUGACGACAAAGUAUCCCAUUGCAUUAUCUAUUACCGUCUCAAUGACGUUAUGAGGCAGAGUACCAUGGUCUUCACGGAACAAACAGGAAUUGAGAAUUUAUACGCAUUAAUGGAUUAUUGCUCAGAUGUUAGUCGAUGCAGACGUUCCAUGAUUGCCCGGCAUUUUGGUGAGACUUGGUCUUCUUCAGAUUGUAAUCGCAUGUGUGAUAACUGCAAAGCUGUCUCCACAAGCACAAUUAAAACAAAGAAUGUCAACAAGUAUGCAGCUGAUGUACUGACUUUGGUUAAACGUGGCCAGCAAAUUCAACAGUUCCACACGUUGACGAAAUUGGUAGAUGCUUGGUUUGGUAAAGGAGUUCCGGCUCUACGAGUAAGAGAGAUUAAAGCACCGACGUUAACAAGACAGACGUGUGAGAGGAUUAUAGCUAUGAUGCUACUGAAGGGUUACCUAAAAGAAGACUUCCAUUUCACUCCGUAUUCUACCAUCAGCUAUAUCAGGUCUGGUCCUAGGUCUACUUUCAUCACUGCCAAUCACGAGGUGUCCUUAGACUUCCAGGUGCCAUCUCAUGGUAAAGACAAGUCAGUGUCUUCUGAAACAUCUUCAGAAUCUGAGAUUAAAAGCAGCAAUAAAAGAACCUCAAUUCCAGUGCAUGAUGCUGAUUCCAAAAAUUCACCUCCUAGAAAAAUAUGUAAACGACCAAUAAUAAUCGACGAUGAUGAUGAUGAUGAUAAUGAUGAAGAGGAGGAGGAGGAAGAAUCAACAGAAAAUUCAAACUCAAAUGAUUUUAUUCCUCAAAAGCCCUCAGAACACAAAUGACGAAACAUUCUAAAUUAAAAUUCUUUUUUAUACAUUAUAAGAUGUCA